AGCUUACCUAAUAAGCUUUAAUUCAGCUCCAUUGGCUCUCUGCACAAGUGAAGGAUUUGCCAAAUAUUUAAUAUCAGGCUGCUCAGAGUCAGCUUCUGCUGAAAAAAAUACCAGUUCAGAAUGACUGACAAGUCCAGAUCCUGCCUCCUCUUCCUGACCAGAAUAGGGCUACUUCUGGGCCUGACAAGUCCUUUGGUAAGAUCAACCUCCUGCCCUUCAUCAUGCCGCUGUGAUGGGACCUUCAUCUACUGCAACGAUCGCGACCUUACCUUUAUCCCACUGGGCAUUCCGGAGGAUGCCACCAUCCUCUAUCUGCAGAACAACCGCAUCAAUAGCGCUGGCAUUCCCACAGAGCUGCGCAGGCUCAACCAGGUGGAGAAGAUUUAUCUUUACUGUAACAAUCUGGAUGAGUUCCCCACCAACCUGCCCAGGAAUGUCAAGGAGCUGCACCUGCAGGAGAACAACAUCAGGACUAUCACACAUGCCUCGCUGGAGCAGAUCCCCUUCAUUGAGGAGCUGCACCUGGAUGAUAACUCAGUGUCAGCUGUCAGCAUAGAGGAGGGGGCCUUCCGGGACAGCAACCACCUCCGGUUGCUGUUCCUUUCCCGAAACCACCUGAGCUCCAUCCCCCUAGGCCUACCCAUGACCAUCGAGGAACUCCGAUUUGAUGACAACCGCAUCUCUUCCAUCUCCGAAGAGGCCUUGCAGGACCUCAUCAACCUGAAGCGCCUGAUCUUAGAUGGAAACCUCCUCAACAACAAGAGGAUAGGGGAGAUGGCCUUUGUGAACCUGAUCAACCUCACAGAGCUCUCACUAGUGCGGAACUCUCUCACUGCGCCCCCAGCAAACCUUCCAGGCACCAGCCUGGAGAAGCUGCAGCUGCAAGACAACCAGAUCAACAAGAUUCCAGUGGGGGCCUUUGCCUUCCUGCGGCAGCUUUACCGUUUGGACUUGUCAGGCAACAACUUGAGCAGCUUGCCCCUGGGUGUUUUUGAUGACCUUGACAACCUUACUCAGCUGCUCCUGCGCAACAACCCUUGGCAUUGUGACUGCAGAAUGAAGUGGGUGAGGGACUGGCUGCGCACACUGCCCACCAAGGUCAACGUGCGUGGACUGAUGUGCCAGGGUCCUGACAAAGUCAAAGGGAUGGCUAUCAAAGACCUUGCCACAGACCAGUUUGACUGCACUGUGGCUGACAUCCCACCAACCUUUGAGACUGGUACUAUUUCAAACAAUUUGCCACCUUCUAGAGGACAAUGGCCUUCCUUUGUUACCAAAAGACCAGUAGUCAAAGGGCCAGAUCUCAGCAAGCACUAUCGCAGUACCCCCCCCUCGGGCAAGAAGAUCACCAACAUCAGUGUGAGAUCCACUGGAGCAGAGACUGUGCACAUUUCCUGGGAAGUGGCACAGCCCAUGACAGCUUUGCGGCUCAGUUGGCUGAAGAUGGGCCACAGCUCUGCAUUUGGGUCCAUCACUGAGACCAUCGUUCAAGGAGAGAAGACGGAAUACUUGCUGACUGCUCUGGAGCCCGACUCGUCUUAUCGAAUAUGCAUGGUUCCCAUGGAAACCAGCAAUAUUUACCUUUCUGACGAAACGCCUGUCUGUAUAGAAACAGAAACGGGGUCUCUAAAAGCAUACAAACCCACCACAACCCUGAACCGAGAGCAAGAGAAAGAACCUUACAAAAAUUCCACUCUACCUUUAGCGCCCAUAAUUGGUGGGGCUGUGGCAUUCCUGGCAAUCAUCAUGCUAGCAUUGGUGUGUUGGUACCUUCACAGGAAUGGGUCUCUAUUUUCCAGAAACUGCACCUACAAUAAGGGUCGGAGGAGAAAAGACGACUAUGCUGAGGCAGGAACUAAGAAGGAUAACUCCAUCUUGGAAAUCAGAGAGACCUCAUUUCAAAUGAUACCAAUAAACCCAGGGAUUGUGUCCAAGGAAGAGUUCAUAAUACACACUAUUUUCCCACCAAACGGCUUGAGUCUGUACAAGAACCCGCAUAGUGAAAACAGCAGCAUCAACAGAAGUUACAGAGACAGUGGAAUACCUGAUUCGGACUAUUCCCAUUCAUGA